AAAAACAAAAAAGAUUUAAGGCAAAAAAAAAAAAAAAAAGAAUUUCAUCUCUUCUUGAGGCCCCUUCUUAGCUACAGUGACUUCUCUAGGUCUUUCUAGAUAGUUCAGAAGUAGUUGCACCCUUUGCUCAGUCCAUAGAACUUAGAAAUCUUUCCCUUGACAGACUGUGUUUCACCUGUUGUAUGGAGGUAUCGAAAAUGACUUCAGGACAGUUCUGCGCACGCUCGGGAGCCAUAUUCGCCGCGGAUGCUUGGCCAUCCGGGUUGGUUCUUCUCCAGCUGAGUAAAGCGGCGCCGAUCUGCACCCCUCACUGUCUUCCUCCGGAGUUACAUAAAGUUCAGCAGCCAUGUCUCGAAGAUAUGACUCCAGGACCACAAUAUUUUCUCCAGAAGGUCGGUUGUACCAGGUGGAGUAUGCCAUGGAAGCUAUCGGGCACGCUGGCACCUGUUUGGGGAUCUUAGCCAAUGAUGGAGUCCUGCUUGCCGCAGAGCGGCGCAACAUCCACAAGCUUCUGGACGAAGUCUUUUUUUCUGAAAAAAUCUACAAACUUAAUGAGGACAUGGCUUGCAGUGUGGCAGGCAUCACAUCUGAUGCUAACGUCCUGACUAAUGAACUAAGGCUCAUUGCCCAAAGGUAUUUAUUACAGUACCAGGAGCCAAUUCCGUGUGAGCAGUUGGUUACAGCACUGUGUGAUAUCAAACAGGCUUAUACACAGUUUGGAGGAAAGCGUCCCUUUGGUGUUUCUCUGCUGUACAUUGGCUGGGAUAAACACUAUGGCUUUCAGCUCUAUCAGAGUGACCCAAGUGGAAAUUACGGGGGAUGGAAAGCCACGUGUAUCGGGAACAACAGUGCGGCAGCCGUGUCAAUAUUGAAACAAGACUACAAAGAAGGAGAGAUGACUCUGAAGUCGGCACUUGCUCUCGCUAUCAAGGUGCUAAAUAAGACCAUGGAUGUUAGUAAACUGUCAGCUGAGAAAGUGAAGAUCGCCACACUAACAAGAGAGAAUGGAAAGACUGUGAUCAGAGUCCUCAAGCAGAAGGAAGUAGAACAGUUGAUCAAAAAACACAAGGAGGAAGAAGCUAAAGCUGAGCGAGAGAAGAAAGAAAAAGAACAGAAAGAAAAGGAUAAAUAAACAAAAUCACGGAUUUUAUAACUACUUAGAGGCACCAAUUCAGUUAGGCGUGGUCCUGGCCUUCUACCCUGGAAAGGUUUUUUGUUAUUUUUUUCUUCUUUAACUUGCCCAUCGGGGAAAUAGGACAUUACAUACUGAAUUGGGUCCUUGUCGUAUCUGUCCAGUUGGAUCUUUAUUGUAAUGAUGGACAUCUUUAUAGACAUCUUAAUCUUAACACAUAAUUUUUUGGAAUAAAAUUUAGAAUGCUUGGUUAUGGUGAAGGAAUUUCUCUGUAGCAAUAAUUGUUGAAGAUACCGCAGUUGGCCAGAGAGAUAGCUCAGCAAUUAAGAGUGCACACACUACUCUUGCAGAGGACCUAAAUUCAAUUCACUGCACCCAUAUAGGUGGGUCACAGCCACAACUUCAUCUGCUGGGGGAUGCAAUGCCCCUGGCGUCUGCACUUAUGCAUAGCCUACCCACAUGCAGAUACACAUGAUUAAAAAUGAGUAAACAAAAGAAAAAAAAAAAGAAAGAAAAUGACUUCAUCAGGCCUCCUGUCCUCCAGUCAUGGCUUAAGCCACUAAAGCACUAUUCCUGAGAGUCACUCGGUUGCCAUUCUGGUGUCUUAAGUAGAGACCUAUCAAACAGGGAAGAAAAGAAUAUAUAGAACUUAACUGCGAAUGGUAGGGCAGACAAGCAAUUCUAGUUAUUCCGAUAUUGAGGCAGCAGGAUCUCAAAUUCAAGUUCACUCCCUAUCUCAAAAAUAAAAAAGACUCUGGGUGGUGCCUCUGGGUGGCUGAGGCAGGCGGAACUCUGUGAGUUCGAGGCCAGCCUGGUCUACAGUGUGAGUUCCAGGACAGUCAGGGAUGCACAGUGAGACCUUGCCUUAAAAUAAAAAAGAUGGCUGAGUGGUAGAGCAAUUGUGUACCACGUGGGAGGUCGUCAGUCGUCCAAUCCCCAGCACCAGGAAAAGAAACAAAAUCAAAAAGAAGCAACGGGCUAUGUGCGGCGGGCUUGGAAAGCUGAGGGAAAGGGUAGGGGCUUUACAAAUUUAACCUCAUGGGGAGAAAACUGCUAACACACCGAGCGCCUGGGCGCACCCCAGCCUUCAAAGCGCCACUGCGGCGCGCUCCCCGAAGUCGCUCACACGCGGCAUUUCUAGGCGGGGGUGCUUCUGACCUCCUGGCGUUCUGGGUUUCCGCGGGGACAACGCGACCGUCCGCGUGAGGAGGCGACAAUAGCGUCUUUGGCGCCUCCCCCCCCCUGGAACUUUCUCGGC